ACAAGGGUUGUGGGGGGUUGCUGGAGCCUAUCCCAGCCGUCUUCGGGCUGCAUGCGGGGGACUCCUUGAACCGGUUGCCAGCCAAUCACAGGGCACACAGAGACUAACAACCACCCGCGCUCCCACUCACAACUAGGGACAAUUUAGAGUGUUCAAUCAGCCUGCCACGCAUGUUUUGGGAAUCUGGGAGGAAACCGGAGCACCCGGAGAAAACCCACGCAGGCCCGGAGAGAACAUGCCAACUCUACCCAGGGAGGCCAGAGCUGGAAUUGAACCCGGUACUUCUGCACUGUCAGGUCGACGCGCUAACCACUGGACCACCAGGCAGCUAUAGUUUGGUCCGGAAUGCCGAUUCUCUCCAUGAAAAUGAUGUUCUGCACGCUGCUGUUGUUGCUGCUGGCGGUGACCUCCUGCGUGCACUCCGACACGGAUUGUAGUCAAGCUCAGUCAUGUGACCUCUGCGUUGGCGACUCCAUGCUCAACCUGACCGGCUGCGUAUGGAGGCUGUGCCCUGAUGGUAACGACACUGGCGUGUGCGUGACGGACGAGGGCAACGCGGCCGACAACUCCAGGAACUGCAGCUGGGCAAGGGUGUCAGAGCUCUGCACGGUGGUGGAGACAGUGGCUGAAGGAGGCGGUGACUCAGGCGCGGGCGGCAAAGCGCGGCCUCAGCUUUCGCCUGCCCGCUUCAACUUGUCCAGCUUCAUCGGCGGCGUGGUGCUGGUCCUCUGCCUGCAGGCCGGCGGCGUGCUCGCUAUGCGCUUCCUCAAGUCCAAAGACCAAAGUGCCUACGACCCCAUAGAGCAGCCUCAGUAAGGUGACCGAGCGGCGAGGAAGGAUGACGAAAGGAAGAGUGACUCACGGGAAUGAUGACGACAAGACAUCGCAUUUUUUACGACUGGUCGCCAUGAUCGAUCUCCUUCUCCCCCCUCUCUCUCUUCAAGUAGGCCUGGAAGCAAAUCACUUCUCCUCACCUCUUAUCAUUUGUGUGUGUUUUUGUGGUGAAUUGUGUUUAGAGCGGAUUUUUUUUUCUAUAGACACACCCGACAUGAAGAACUUUCAUGUGUACUAACAUGCUAAUCGUAACGACGGUGUUCCCUCCACAUGAUGCAAACAGGAAGAAUUGCUAGUGAAUAAUAUGAGUUGUUAGCAUCCAAAAAGAGUGGGGGGUGUGGGGGGUGAGGGGAUGCCAAGGUUGAAGAGCUGAUACCAGACAUCAAGCAGCGGAAGAGUUUCUGGUGCACUGGACACGUUGGUAGUACACAGAAAUAGUUUCUAGCGCAUAACAAGAGUUUAUAGAGGAGCCAGAAGAAUUGCGAGCAGAAUGAAAGAAUUGGUAGCAGUCAAGAAAGACAGGUGAGACUUGCGGAAUUGGAAAACUUUGAAGGAUUGCUAGUGGACAGGUAGAGUUUCGAGCAGACUCGUCCAGGAAUAGUUACUACUGUAAGCUCAUGUGUGUCAGUACAGAUUUUGUUUGUUUUUAUCUCCUGUGGUUAGUUCAUCUGCACACUUCUAUAUUGUCGGUUGAUUUCUCAAUUCCUAUUGGAUGUCCAGUGUGCAUUGAGCUGGAGUUCACCCCGCAUAAGGCUUCCACGUGGGCAAUUUCCAGGACCCCGCUCACUCACUCCCAAUCUGGACCAGAACCAAAAAGCCUUGAAUGGUCCUUCACAGAACUCCAGUGACCGCGGCCAAUGUUCAAUUUUGUUGACAAAAGAAGAAAGGGGGUCGGGGGGGGGGGGGGGGGGGUGUCGUUCUCAUUCUAAGCAGUUCCUCCUUUCCCAGAAUGAAUGUUGCCUUCAGGGACAGUUGGAUACUUGAUGACUUGUCAUUUUUAUUUGCGUGUACAGUAGUGUUUUAUUUGAGUUUGAAGUCAUACUUUUAGAUGUUUCUUGACACCCCGGUCGGCGUUUACUGUUAAGGUACUGUAAAUACACAGGAAAAAGAAAUACACACAUUGCGCAUUUAAAUACUUUCUUUUUGAAAUAUUAGUAAUUUGUUAUUUCCAUGUCAACGGAAAACCCCAUUCACAGGCUUGCACCGACUCACACGGUGUCCUUUAGUUUUGUUUUCUAUUAUAUUAAUAUGUUAUUUUACUUGUUACCAAAUUAUUUCCUGAUUGCUCUUUGGGUUUUUGUUUUCAAGAUGAGUUUUCGUAGUUCAAUCAUGUUGAUGAAAUGUGAUUUCAAUCUCAAUCCAAUAUAAUUGGGAUCAUUACGGCGAUUACGGAACUGAAUUCAAGAAUUAAUAACAUCCUUGUGUGAUACCGCCUACCCACGCGCACCCUCCCUUGCUACAGACAGCAGAAGGCGUGUUCACCCAGUUGACAACACACGCAGACGCACUUUACAAAAAAAAAAAAAAAACACGACAGACACAUCCGCUCAGCGCAAGUUUUGCGGCAAA